AUGAAGAACAACAACAGCAAUAACAACAGCAACAAAAACCCAUCCUGGGGAUCUGUCCGAUCCAAAUUGACGCAGGAUGGCUACAUGUACCGGAUGAAGUUGGGGAAUCCGACACCCAACGCCAGUAGCAGUAGCCAACCUGCUCACCGUCGCCACUCGUCGUCCACCUCGUCGUCAUCCGUUAAUGCUCAGUCUUCAAUUCCGACGGAGCCUGUCCCUGUCAGGUCUGCGGGCAACGAGAUGCUUGCAGACGGAGGCAGUGCUGCCUUUCAGACCGUCAUCGAACUCCUGGAGCACUGGAACCUUGGUGACAACUUCAGGAGAGACCACGAGCUGGAUCCCAAUUCCACGUUUGAAUUCUUGUUUCAAUGUUAUGCCCCUUUUGCCAUACACCGUCGCUAUAAAACCAUCCUCUUUGAGCCUGGGGACUUCCUCGACGGGGUCAUGCUGCAUGAUACCAUGGUCGCCAAGGCUGUCCUGGUUUGGGCGGCAGAUAUGCGAGAGCGAUUCGAAUCGGGAAGGCAGGGUGCGAAGGAAGUUCUUUUGUCACAGCGAAACGAUGUCAUCCGAGAGCUCCGCGAGAGGAUCUCUUCCCCAGAGUCAUGUGCCUCCGAUGCUGUUAUGAUGACGAUCCUUCUGCUGGUUGGAACUGAGCUGCUUCACGACAAUAUCGAUGCGAUGGGAACUCAUCUCGGGGCCUUGCGGCACAUCAUCCAACUCCGGGGUGGCAUGGAAUCCCCAUCCUUAAGCAAAUGGGUGAAGAUUCCGCUUCUGCAGUUCGAAAAUUUCUUGAACUACCGACAUUUUGACCAUGUCAAGAGUUCCAGCUUCGGGGGUGCAUCGCCGAUGGCUGAAGUCUCUCGCCGUCAACCUUCGCCGGUAUCCCGCGAGCGACUGGCCAAGCUCCCUCCUGGAUUCACGGAGCUAUUUCGCAGCACUGCUGUCAAGGUCCAGGUGCUGCAUCUCGUGGAAAGGAUGGCUCAAUGGAUUCUGCAGGCUGCCGAUCUUCCCGGGACCGGGGCGGAUGGCGAGCAGACUGCCGCCAUCGUGCAUGCCAUGACGUUGGAUGCGUUUCGGGCGUUUGACCUGCUUCAACGACAAGACCAGCUCGACGAGACGGAGCGGCUGCUGGUCCUCGGCCUGUUUUCCUUUUGCAUCUUCAUGAACAGCGAGGCGAUCUACUCGGUCAUGGAAUGGGCUCAACGCCUGCACUGCAUGGGCCUUGUGGGAAAGCCUAUCGCCCCAAUCACGAACGAGCGUCGUGCCGGCAUGAUCUGGGUUUCGGCCAUCUUGAUGGCGACGGGAGGAGAUGGGUCCCCAGCGUGCCAACUGGGCAGGCAGAUCCAGAGCGCAUGCAACCGUGGUGUGGACGCUGUUGGCUUACAGGUCACUCUCCAAACAAGUCAGAGAUAUUUUUGGGACCAAGAUCUGACCAGGAGACUGACUGGCGGCACAGUUGGCAGCAGCAGCGGCGGCAGCAGCAGCAUGCAAGGGAAAUUCUUCGGAGAAGGGGUAUGA